AUGGAUGAGUUCAAGGAGUUCAUCCGCUCCAACGCCCGUGUGGCGGUGCAACUGGUCUACUACGACCAUGUGAUGUGUAAGCCUAUAGAAUUCGACCCGCAGGUAUCGAGCACGGGGGUGCCAGUGGUUGAGGUGCCCGUGAUCCGUGUUUUCGGCGGCACGCCCGCCGGCCAACAGGUUUGCCUAUACAUUCACGGUUACCUGCCAUACUUCUACUUACCUGUGCCCGACAAUGUUGCGCCAUCCAAGUUCGCGCAAAAGGCGCACAAGGUGCUGGAGAGGGCUGCUAGGAAAAUUGUGGUGGAGAGACGGCGGCUGAGAGGGGGGCGCCGUUCGAGGGGUAGUUUGCAGCCGAAGUUGCCAAACACGAAUGAUAACCCUGACGAUAAAGAUAGUAAACAGUCGUCAUGUGGCACGGAUUCGUCGCAAACGGAGGAAACGGACUCCUUUCCGACCUCACGGUGGUUCUCCAGCAGGUCCAGGUUGCUCAGCCAAAGCUACCAUCGCCUGGCCAUCUUGCGUCAGAAGAAAACAGCAACCACGGCGUACAUUCAUCGGGUGGAUGUCGUUGAGCACGUAAUCUUCUACGGGUAUCACACCCAGCCGCGCAAGUUCCUGAAGGUGCAUCACUACAACCCCUCCAUGACGAAGCACCUGGCAGGGUACGCGUUCAACCACGGAAUAAGAAAGCACCGUUUGCAGCCGUACGAGGUUCACAUAAGCUACCUGAUGCACUUCCUGUCGGAUUAUAAUUUGAGGGGUAUGGACCAUAUCUAUCUCUCGUCAGCCAUCAAGAUGCGGGGACCACUUCCGUUGCACCCGCAUUACUCGGUUCAGGCGCAUCCUCUCUGGCAGCGGGUCGUUUUGGCCAGCAUCAAGAACACCCCCGAUGACCUGGCGACGGUAGAGCGUCCGGUGCUAAGGGAUUCGCCUUCCGUCUUCCUUUCCAGCCACCAGCGCCGUUCCAGCUGCGAGCUGGAGGUGGAUGCCCAUGUAGCGAGCAUCCUUAAUGUGUUCGAGUAUCACAACGCCUCGGACCCUCAGAGCCAGGAAGUUACAGAACGCGGUUACGCUGUCGGCAGGUACAUGGGCGCCAGGCACGCCUUCUCAGAACAGUGGAAGCAGCAGUGCACGCAUCUGCAAUCGUCUAGCUUCUCGCCGUUCCAGACCAACGAUCGGGCAUUCACCGCGUAUGCAUCUAGGAACACGCUGAAGCAGUUUUACAGCUACCUUCUGGUGCAGGCGGAGGGGUUGCCUGAGGACAAGAAACCGGCGGUGGUGUCCCGCCUAAGGCAGCUGUUGUCGCAGUGCGACGACCUCCAGGGGCGCAGGAAGCGGGCGCCGAAGAAGACGACGCAAAAUGAGCUGAUAACCAUCAGCUCUGCGUUUUUUCACACCAGCCAAGAUUACCGUCCGGCUGACGAAGGGGACCAGUACUACGUCUAUCGGUAUGCUAUAAAGCCCCCUGAGGUGGAGGAUGCGGAUUCUGUAGAUGUGCAAGACGGCAAAAAGGUGCCAUCAGGCAAAGAAAACAAGCCGAGUCGAGUUGAUGGUGAAUCGGUUUCGACGAGGCAAACUAAUGAACCUAGUGGAAAGGGCCAAACACGUUGCCCUAAUUUGUUGCUAAGUGUCAAAGAUACACAAGCUCAAACAAAUGUAAUGGCGUCUGAGCAUGCGCGUGAAAACAACCCGCCGAUUGCUCUGGAGCCGGUGUCUGAUAUUGUCGGUACGACGGAUAAUUUCGAGUGCGGUAUAGCGCUCGACGUCAUCACCGAGAUCGACCUCAAUUGUAUCCACGCCAACCCUGAGGUCAACGCAAUCAAUGCGGUGGUCUACACACUCCGAGACCACCGUCUGGCUCCACAUUUUGACGCUGUCGGCGUGCCAUAUGCCGACGUCCAGGGUGCUAUAGUUGUCGAUGUAUCGGGCGUGGAACGGCCGCCGCCAAGGCGUAUAAAUAUAGAAGAAUUCUAUCGAAUGGCACUAAUACAACGAUGCGAGGUGGACAUGAAUGUUGUGGAGCGUCAGAUUAAUUCGGGAAAGUACGUGGACGUAUCCUUUGUACCCUCUGAGAUGGCAUUGAUAGAUAGUGUCAGCCGCCUCAUAUCCCAGUUUGACCCGAACGUCAUCUACGGCUACGACAUGGCGCGUAGUUCCAUCGGGUACCUGAGCCAAAGGGCGGAAGUGUUGGGCAUACCCUACUUCCUGGAAGCAAUCUCUCGGGUGCCACCCCGGCUGCGGCAUGGUUCCGGUAACCAAGGGGAUCGUGUUACAGACAUGUCGACUCUGCUGACUCAUCAGCGGAGCAAAUUGAAGAAGCGGCACCUGAGUGACAGCGAGGUAAAACCGCUAUUUAGUGCCGGGAGGUUGCUGUUCGACGUUGCAGAUGUUGCUGUGCGUGAGCUCAACCUCGCUAAUCUGACUCUGGAGAACAUAGUUCGCGAUCAGUUCAAUUAUGUGAUGCCUUCGUUCACCAUGUACACCAUGAACAAGUGGUUGACUACAAAGGUCUCCCUCCUUCAAUCUGGCGAUGCCAAAGGACAUGAGGCGGAUGCAGCUGUGGCGGCGCCUGGUAACGCUGGUUUCAAUGGCCACGUAAAUGGCAACUAUAGGUUGCGCAAUGCCGUGCAAAUGAGCCUCCACCGACGUGACCAUCGCAACAAUCGUGGCAACGACGUCAUGAUAACUCCGCAUAGAUUCAGGGCCAUUCGGUACGCACUGUUGCGCAACUAUGCGGUCAUAGCCACUUUCGACAAGUUGAUGUACUUCCAAAGGUACACGACUUUCUCGAAGCUAUAUGGACUCGAUCUCAAGAGCACCAUCGUGCGAGGCAGCCAGUACCAUGUGGAGAGCGUGCUGAUUCGUUUCACGAAGUCUUUUAACUACGUGUUGCCGUCACCAACUCGACGUCAGGUGCACCAGCAGCGCCCAUCAGUUGCGAUACCGAUCGUGAUGCAACCGAUAAGCGGAUUCCACCUGGCGCCGGUUGCAGUGUUGGAUUUCCAAUCACUCUACUCGUGCAUCACCAUUGCGUACAACAUCUGCUACAGCACUUGCCUGGGUCUGCUCAGCGAGCACAAGACCUGGCGCCACCGUGUCAAGCUGGGUGUGGUCACGUAUCAUCCGGAGGAGGGCGUGUUUAGGGGCAUAUUGUCAAAGCACGCUGAACUGCCCGGCACUGAAGAGGGCACAGUGGGCGUACACAUUAUGCCCAAUGGAGUCAUGUUUGUUGAUAAGUCCGUGCGUGAGGGGCUCCUCCCGACCAUGCUGACGUCGGUGCUGCAGAGUAGGCGCAAGAUCAAGGCCGCAAUGACGCGUCCCGGAGUAGAAGGGCGCAUUUUACGCCAGUGGGACAGAGAGCAGUAUGGUCUGAAGAUGCUGUCAAACCUUUCAGUGGGGUUAACUGCGUCCGGCUACUCUGGCCGCAUGCCGUGCUCCGACCUCGCAGAGUCCGUGGUUUCGAUCGCGCGUGCACUGCUUGUGUUGUGUAUGGAAUUGAUACACGACAAUUUUGACGCGGAGGUCAUCUACGGUGAUACUGACAGCAUCUUCAUCAAGUUUCCGGGAAGAACGGUUGCCGAAGCGCAGUCCCUGGCAGAAGAGAUCGCUAACAAGAUAAACAGCACAAUCCCGGAGCCUAUCAAAAUAGUUCCCCAGAAGGUCUAUUGCCCGUGCAUUCUGGUAUCGAAGAAGCGUUACUUGGGGCUCAUACACCUCAACGGGAAAAUGGUCUUCGACGAUAAGGGUGUUGAGACGAUGCGAACAAGCGAGUGCGACGCCACCCGAAAGAUUUUACGGCAGGCCCUCGACUGCAUACUAAGGAAUCGCACGCUUGAUAUGGCUUACGAUGGACUCGCAUCUGUAUUCCGCAAUGUGGCAUCGGUUUACACCCCUAAGGAUUUUAUUCUCUACCGCCAGGUUAGGCUGGGCACAUACCGAGAGGAGCUGACUGGGCAGGUGGGCACGCUGCCUGCCGCCGCUAUCGUGGCCAAACACAAACUGGAUAAGCAUUACGGUAGGAGGGUGCUGGAGAACGAGUUCAUCCCCCAUGUAUUUUCAACUUCGCGUGAGGACGUCUACCGCGGUGUCAAGGGCGGCGCAGUGUUCCCCAACGAGAUCAACGGCAUAUUCAGGCCUACCGAUUUUGUGAAGGAGCACGGACGGCGAACACUGCCUCAUAACUCAAUGGCGUGUGUUCUGGAGCAAAUACGCCGAGGCCAGCCGCUGCAUCAAAUUGAUGUGGACUACUACCUGAAAAAGCAGGUUCUCCCUCCCCUAAAGCGCGUCAUGCAGCUUCUGGACAUACAUCCCGAUUAUCCCAUCGCGUCAACCAUAAUCGAACGACUCCAACAAAUGCAGCAGAGAAAGGAGGAACGCUUUCGCCGUGUAGAUGAACCAGGCAAGAAGGUGGGAGAAAUAUGGGAAUACACGGACCCGCUCGCACGAUGCACCAGCUGUGGCACUACCUGUAAGGUCAAGUUGGGCACUGCCGGCCACAACGAGGUUGUCAAAGACGAUCGUAAAGAUCACAUUUCACAAAAUUUAGCAGAUCUUUUGCAUUCAAAGGAGGUGCGUAUCACGACGAUUCACCAGGACGUCUUAUCAUGUGAGGAUUCAACAAAGGGCAAGAUGCACGUGGUGGUCUGUGAAGGAUGCCGAAUGAACCCACGCCAGACGCUGUUGAAGGUGCUGAACGAGAUGAACGCGCUAGAAGAAAAGGUUCAUGCGGUAAACAACAUCUGUCUGAACUGCACGGGCAGUGCUGCGAGCAGCGCGUCAUGCCAGAACGCCUGGCAUUGCGAUGUUUAUUUCAAGCGUAUAUCCUACAAACGCCUAUUCGCACGAUCGCUGAAAGAGUAUCGAGGACUGCUCACCCUGGCCUACACCACUUAA